UCAAAACCACAAAUCUGUUCGUUACUGUUCCUUCGUGUGAAAUUGUCUCUUCACCAGAGUUGUCGGUCUUCAACUCGUUCAACCUACCCACCAACCCUCUUCUCCCUGAGAUUCCAUUUUUAUGCCUUUAUAUUAUUUCCCAUCAGUCUAUCACCCCUUGCAAGCCCUUUAAAAAGUUAAAACAAGCCUCACCAAAUGCUCUCUCACUUUCUUGUAUUAUUCAGCUCUGCAUCUCUUUCUUGGUUCAAAAGGAAGGAACUUUGAGGUGGCUUUUGAAGCAUAUUUCAGAACUAGGGUUGGGACUUUUAACUCUCUAUCAAAUUCGAUUCGGUUUCAUUUUGUUGCAUUUUUAAGAGAUGGGAGAUGUAGCUAAGGACCUAACAUCUGGAACUGUGGGAGGAGCAGCACAGUUGAUUGUUGGGCACCCUUUUGAUACCAUCAAGGUGAAGCUUCAAAGCCAGCCUGCUCCACUACCCGGUCAAGCACCUAAGUAUGGUGGUGCUAUGGAUUCUGUGAAGCAGACUUUAGCUACUGAAGGCCCCAAGGGUUUGUAUAAAGGUAUGGGGGCUCCACUAGCCACUGUGGCAGCCAUGAAUGCUGUCCUCUUUACGGUGAGAGGGCAAAUGGAGGCAUUGUUGAGAUCAGAGCCCGGCUCCCCUCUCACAGUUAACCAGCAGGUCAUUGCUGGGGCUGGGGCUGGAGCUGCUGUCUCAUUCUUGGCUUGCCCCACUGAAUUGAUCAAAUGCAGAUUGCAAGCCCAGAGUGCAUUGAUGGCGGAUUCUGGCUCAGCUAGUGUGGCUGUGAAGUAUGGAGGGCCAAUGGAUGUAGCCAGGCAAGUGCUGAGGUCCGAAGGUGGUGCAAGGGGACUCUUCAAGGGCUUGGUUCCCACCUUGGGUCGUGAGGUUCCUGGAAAUGCUGCAAUGUUUGGUGUCUAUGAAGCAUUGAAGCAGUACAUGGCAGGAGGGAUGGACACUUCGAAACUGGGAAGAGGGUCUUUGAUUGUAGCCGGAGGCUUGGCCGGAGCUUCAUUCUGGUGCUCUGUCUACCCAACUGAUGUUGUCAAGAGCGUGAUCCAAGUAGACGAUUACAAAAAUCCCAAAUACAAAGGCUCCAUACAUGCCUUUAAAUCCAUCUUAGCUUCAGAGGGAGUGAAAGGUCUUUACAAGGGAUUCGGCCCCGCCAUGGCACGAAGCAUCCCUGCAAAUGGAGCAUGCUUCUUGGCAUAUGAAGUGACAAGGUCUAGUUUAGGAUAAUCAAUUGUUGUUGCUGUAGUUAAAAGUUCAACAUUGUUAUCAUAUUUGCUCCUGUCAAAGGCAUUUUCUGUCAAUGAAUGAUGAUGCUUAAAUUGGUAAUGUGACAGGGUUUCCAUUCU